AUGAAUCCUCAGGAACCUCGGCUACCAAGAUCCUCGACCCCAUCCCAUAUACCCUCGUUUUUCUUACCAUCGGCAUCUUCCUCUUCCCUUCGCUCUUCGGUAGCUUCGCGCGGCAUAUUCACCAUGAGCAUCCACAGCCAUCGAUCGUUCAUGGAACCCGUCGUCAUAGGAAGGAAACCUUCCUCUACUCGAUCACAACCGACACCGGACCUUGUGUACUCGUGUCCGCGGCCACUGACCUUCCCGUUCCAUAACGACGCCCACUUCCUUCCCGUCGCUGAAAUUGAUACGUACCGUCGCCAUCGUCAAAGUCCGAGAUCACAGUCACUGCAAUCCAUCCGUAACAGUGUAUCCACAGCAAGCACCCACCCCGGAGAUCCCUCCGAAAAAGCCGGUCAUCAGAAAUCACCUCGUAUUUCCAAGCACGAAAGAUCGUGUGUGUCAGACCAAUCUCCGAGCGCACUGAAUUCCGUUCAACGUAGCACGGCCGUACGAUCACAACCAUCGUUUCUUCAACCGUCUCUCUCUGGAACGACCUGCACGCGUAACGCAUCCAGCUCAUUGUCAAAUAUUGAUGAAGCUUCCUCACCCACCACAGAAAAAGAACGGCCAUGGCAAUCCAUCCAGGGGUGCAUGAUAAAACUUUUGCAGUCCAUCUCCACCGAUCAAAACGCCAAAGAACCAUCUUAUCGCCGACGCUGUUUAUCCGGCCCAGCGGUCUCAACGAGGCUUGGUUUGGGACUGAUAUCCUUAAAGUCACCCCUCCCCGCGGUACAUGCGUCCUCUACCACACCCUCUGAAUCCAUUGCAUCACCUGCGCUUAUUUUACCAUCGACUGUCGCAUCAUGCUCUCCCUCUUCCCCUUCUUCUGUGGUGACGCCAUCACUUUGCACAAGUUUAACUUCUUCAUUGUAUGAUGCCCCGUCUCUCGAACCGUCCAUGACAUGCUUACCUCCACCAAAGUCACGCAAUACUGAUGAUCAGGAACCUGCAAGUUCCAUCACUUCCACCCUGCCUAGUAUUCCACCUGAUGAUCGGAUGAUUAUUUCUCAGCCACCACCCGACAGUAUGACUUUGGCAGAGUCUAAGGAAGGGCCACCAAGUAUAUGCAAUGACUCAUCCUUUACAAACGCAUUAUCCGACGAUGUAUGCAAUGAUUCCGCAAGAAGCUCGGAAAUGCAUGUAGAUCGCCCUUCUGAAACCAGUUUCAGUUUACUGCCAAAGUCCGCAAAAAGGGGCAAAAAGUUAAAAUCUCGAGCAAAAGACAAAGAACAAGAGAAAGAGAAAGAGAAAGGAAAAAGUUCGAGAAAAGCCAUUGUUCGAUUGUGGAAAAACAUUAAAAAGUUAGUUCACGGAAAUAACAAAACAUCACGGGUCGGCGUGGUUGGAGAAGCAUGA